AUGAGCAAUUUGAAGUAUUCAAUCGACGAUUUGAAAUCUCAACUAGAUUCUGGGAUGGUAGACAUCAAAAAUUACCUCUUUGGAGUUCUAAUUUGCUGCUCCCUCAUUACGGUAACCUUAUUUCUCUCAGCAGCCUUUCAAGUCUACAGAACCCGAGCAAAUAGAAAACGACGGAGAAGAUAUCGAGAACUGCGAAAAGCCUAUUCGAAGCGUGAAAAUUCAAUUUGUACAGAACUUGGACACAAUUAA